CUUUAACAACAUCUUCUUAGUGAUCAUCCAUCUUUCCAUUUAUUCUCGCCAUGAAGGUUGCUGUGAUCGGAGGUGGUGUGGCCGGUGUAUCGGCCGUAUGGGCAUUGAAUGAACAUUCAAAUCAUGAUGUUCAUUUAUUCGAAGCGAACGAUUACGUUGGCGGUCAUACAAAUACAGUCUUAUUCGAAAAACCAAACGAAAAAUCAAAAAGUGUAAUGACAGAUACAGGUUUUAUCGUUUUUAAUAAAGUUACUUAUCCGAACUUUUUGGCAUUUUUGAAUCAUUUGAAUAUCAAAAUUAUCGCUUCGGAUAUGUCAUUCUCUGUUAAACGAGGAGAAUUUGAAUGGGCAGGUGCUACACCCGUCAGCCUGUUUUGUCAAUGGAGUAAUUUGUUCAGUCCAACACAUUGGAGAAUGGUUUGGGAUAUCAUUCGAUUUAAUCAUCAAUCAGUCGAAUCGCUCGCUCAUUUUGAUAAACAUGCCAAAAACAAAAGUGAUGUAAAAGCAAGCAAAUUUGCAAAGCAGAGUAUUGGCGAAUGGCUAAAAGAGCGUGGUUAUAGUCAAUCUUUCGUUCGGAAUUAUUUGGUUCCAAUGACAGCUUGUAUUUGGUCAACUCCAGCAGAUCGAACGGUUUCUGAAUUUCCAGCUUUGACUUUGCUACGGUUUAUGCAUAAUCAUCACCUCUUGCAAAUUCUAGAUAGACCGCAAUGGCUUACCUUGAAUGGAGGUUCAAGAACCUACGUCGAAAGAGUCUUAUCAAAAUUACCCGAAUCCCACUUACACAAAGGUUCAAAAGCUGGAAGGGUUGUCGAAGCAUCUUUCGAUAAAGAGAAAUCGCAAUGGCUCAUCAGUACGGCAAACGGACAUGUUUCAUCAUUCGAUCGUGUAAUUUUUGCAAGUCAUGCAGAUACAACAGCACGCAUCCUUUCUGGUCAAUUUGCAUCAAAUGAUAAUAAAGGCAAAGAAUUGCAAUCCAUCUUGCAACAAUUCGAAUUCAACAAGAAUACGGUUCUAUUGCAUACGGAUGAAAAGUUGAUGCCCGUCAGAAGGUCUGCAUGGUCCGCAUGGAACUUCAUUACAGAAUCACAAGAUGGCAAAAAGGACGAAGAUGGAGUGGUGUUGACAUAUUGGAUGAAUUUGCUACAAUCUUUGGAUGAGAAAAAGUAUGGUCCAAUUUUGGUUACAUUGAAUGCACCUGAAAACGUUUGUGAUCCAGCAAAGACGCUCAAACGAAUCUCAUACGAACAUCCAGUAUACACGGCAAAAAGUGUUGAAGCACAAAAGCAAUUACGUGAUUGGCAAGGAAUAUGGAAUGGAGCUCAUUUUGCAGGUGCAUGGACGAACUAUGGUUUUCAUGAAGAUGGUUUCUCGAGUGGCUUACGUGCUGCUUAUGCUUUGGGUGCCACGCCACCGUUUGAGAUCAAAGAUGCAGAACGUCAAACUGCCACUUAUAACUCUCUUGGAUACCUCACUAAUCAUCAUUUAAUGGAUAUUAUGCCUCACUAA